AUGGUUCGGCCAGAGGGGGAGAGGCAGUCGACCUCUCAUGAGGCUACAAGAGAGCAACUCGACUCGCAGGAUGGGAAAACUGGAAAAGAAAGAAAUCAGCUCAAGGACAGCCUCACCGCCCACUUCACACCAGCACACAGCCGACGUCGACCGAGGCCUAGUGAAGCUGACAAAACGGAGCCGUUGAGUAUCGUCAUCACUGAGGAUUCGAAAGGGGCAAGCAAAAGUUCAGAUGAUCAACAUUCUUCGCCAUCCAGAAGGCCCACCGCAACAGAUAAAUUAAAAGACGCGCUUUCGCCGAAUUUUAUUACGUCAUCAGAGAAGAGACGUUGUGUGCAACCCGGCGAGUUUAGCCGUCUUCUACAUGGACGAUCGCCUUCAAAUAAGCCGUCAACUAGCAUGAUCAGUCCCGGAUCUCACUCAGUUGUCAGUGACUCAUCUUUCGCUUCAGAAAUUAUAGAAGCUGCCACAGAGGCGGGAAGUGAGCGGGCGUCGUCGUUAAUUGAGACUGUUCGCGGACCGUCACCUUCAAAACAUUUGACUGGCACUCAAAAUGAAACGAGCGAAACACCGAUUCUAAAAAAUCCUAGAAAACAACGAUCCGCCGACUCGAGCGGUGUCGAUUCGGCACAAAAAGUUCGAUCACCAGGCCGCAGAAAAGGGCGAUCGUCGACAAAAGAAGCUGAAUGGCAGUCAAUGGGUGUUGGCUUACGCGUCACACAGAACAGUGCUUCAGCAGCCUUGUUUGGAGGACCGUCGAUUAGUACCUCAAAAAAUAAAGAUGAGGGCGACGGUGAAACAUCAGCGCCGCCAUCGGGUAAACGUACACGAACGCCCAAGUUGAUGCAUUCACCCGAAGCUCAAGUCAGACGACGUCGAUCAGUGGUGCUUGCAGCGAGUAGCUCAAGUGGAGAUGAUGGAACCACAACGCCGACUCCUUCAACUGCACCGAAAUCAGGGAAUAGUCACGCAUCGAGGAAAGGACGAUCAAAGAGAGGCAUGGAUAAAAAUGAAAGUUUCUCGAAAAGUGAAGAAAAAGAAGAAGUGGAUGAUUUGGAUGAAACCUAUGAAAUCGAUCCGGAAAACGAGGCACUCUUCGCGAAGAUCACGAGGCAAAAUCAAGAGGAGAUCGAUGCGGCGAUGAAAGAAAUGCAAAUGGAGAUGAAGAGUCCGAAAGACGCGCCGCGAAUACCGAAAGCGAUUCGAAUCGGUCGUUACGAGGUGGAAACCUGGUACAGUUCACCGUAUCCAUCCGAAUACGCACAUGUGCCUGUGUUGUUCAUUUGCGAAUUUUGCAUGAAAUACCUUCGUUCAAAGGAUUUACUCUCUCAACACGCGCUCAAAUGCUCUCUUCGACAUCCACCAGGAAGGGAAAUCUAUCGAAAGAAUAAUGUUUCUGUCUAUGAAGUGGACGGUGUCCUCUCGAAAACCUAUUGCCAAAACCUUUGCCUCUUGGCGAAACUCUUCCUCGAUCACAAAACUCUCUACUACGAUGAAAAGUAUUGCCAUCAACAGUGGAACUUGUCGUGUAUCGUGACAUUGCCUUGCUAUCAGGGACAGGGUUUCGGACGAUUCUUGAUCGAUUUCAGUUUUCUUUUGUCACGCAAAGAGGGAAUGAGGGGAUCUCCUGAAAAGCCGCUCUCUCAUUUGGGUCUUCUCGCGUAUGCUUCCUAUUGGCGAUCAGCGAUUCUUGAAUGGGUGAAAGCGAGGAGAAAAAAGGAUAUGACAAAGAAAUUCGAUUUUGAUGAACUUUGCCGAGAGACAGGAAUCAGAGUGCAUGAUGUUGUCAACACAAUGGAGCAUAUGGGAUGGUUUUCGAACAGUGAUGGAUCAAGUUCCGAUCAACCGCUAACGAUUAACAUCAACUGGCCAGAGAUUGAAGAACAUUGGAACAAGGAGAAGAAGAAUAAAGGAAGGAUUUGGAUUGACGAAAGCGCUUUGCAGUGGACUCCAUCAACGUACACUCCAUCUCGUCACACGAUUCGCACCCCACGCAAGUCGAUCAGUCGAAGCCCUCUGGGAAGUCCCCGACGAUCCACAUCACUCCAGAAAAUUGGUGGCACUGGUUCGACUCCAAACGGGAAAAGCAUAGCCGCCAUUGGGGCGACGAUCAAAAAAGGGCUUGGGAGAGGCUCGCGGAGACCGAAUCCAAAAAAGGAGACGAAAAAAAAAGACGAGUUCACUGAGGAGAGCACUGAAGAGGAUGAGGAGAUGAAGAAAUUGCCGAAGAAAGGCGGACGACCUUGUCAACCAACUAUAAACUUUCGACCGAGAGAUCAUUCGACAGAUGAUGAAGGCGAUAAGAGUCCCCCAAAACCUUCUGGAGCUUUAAAAUCGAACGGUACUGGAGUUGCAGCAAAGAAAACAAGAUCUGGUGAUAAACAGAUGAAGAAAGGCGGAAGUCGAGGAGGAACGGGGAGAAAGAAAGCGAAUUAUGAAGACUCGCCUGAUACCUCGAGUUCUGCAACACUUUCUAGUGACUCUGAAGAUGAGUCGUUCACCCCAGGAAAAGGCGCAAGAAAGGGAUCCUCGCAAAAAGUUGUCAAUCCAACGACAUCAACGUCAAGUCGAGGAAAAGCGCCGAGAAAACCGCCGCCGAGAAGCUAUCCGAGGAACAAGAAUCCCCCAAAAAGUCCUGGAAAGGUUUUCCCACAAAACUAUGGAACAAGGAGAGCUUCGACUUCGCCACCAAAAAGUCCGACAAGUAUCCCGGAGUGUUUGAGUGUGGCCACGAGUGUUGGAACGGAGGGAACGGUACCAAUGAGAUUAGACGGCGCACCUGGGUCGCCUGGAGGUGGUCGCUCGAUGGCCGACGUUGGCGACGAGGCUGACGAUGGAGGCUGUCCCCCCUUACCCGGUUCUUUACCACGGCCACCGCCGAAUCCACCCGAAAGCGACUCGAGGAAAGCCUCAUCUCGCGGCUCUACAAUAAACGCUGGUGUCUCUGGGUCAAGAGCUGAGUCUCGUCACUCGGCGAAGUCACCUCAGCCACCGGUGCAUGGAAUGGCGUCGACAACAGCCAGUUCCGCGGAAAGCAGCAGUGACGACAGUGAAGCCGGGCCGGUUAGUCAUGCAAUCUCUCCAUCACCCUCAUCCUCAUCAUGCAGUGAAUGGAGAGAAAGCCCGCGUCCGCUAGGCGACCUUUUCCCCACUCAACAAGGACCAAACAAUGAUAUGAUUAAUAUGGGCGGAAUACCGGAUGCUGGAGAACUGGCUGAAGCUACAGUCGAUACUAUUUCCAAUUACGAAGCUCCACCAAUACUAGCACCCGAGCAAUCGAAUGUGGUCGAGUGUGAGCCAGUCGGAGGACUUCCACCAGUCGAAACACUUCAGCUAACAUCUUCAGAAUCAAGAAACUUAAUCGGAAUGGCUCCUCAAUUCGGUCCAGAUGAGGACGAUGAUGCGCCGCCGAAUCUUUCUCCAAACUAUUCGGACAUAAAAGAGGACAUAAUUCCCGAGGCUGUUGCCGUGGAAGCCGUUGUGACUGAGAGUGCCAUGGAUCGUCCACCGAAAGCCCCAGCAAUGUUGGAUCAUCCAGUCGAAGAUGACCGGGUUGAGGAUCAUCAUAUUGAGAUGACAACGAGUGUCCCGUUGAAUCCCGUUCAAACAGCGGCCAUGCAACUCACUCCACAACAAACCCUACAGUAUCCGGGAAGCGCUGGCCCAAUGCUUGGCCAAGGCACUCCGGGCAGUGUUGGAAUGUGUGGAGGAGCGCCGGGAAGUGUCCAUCAAACAACUCCUGAAAUGCAACAAUUCAUGAGCCCUCCACAGAUGCAGUGCAUGCAACCGGGCUCCGUUGGUUCAUCCGUGCAUUCAGUGGGUCCCCAACUAAACACUUCGGGGCACGAUCUAUCGGGCAGCUAUCCAUCCGCAAACAUCGCCUCCAAUCCAGCCACUCCUCUACGACAUCAAGCGACGCCAACUCUGCAGCAACAACCACCACCCGUCCAAGCAACCACCCCAAUGUCGGCACCUCCCGCAAGCGAGUAUGUGAAUAGUAAUUUCAUUUUAGUGGGUACAAGUCCGUAUGGAAUGCCGCUACCAGGCCCAUCACCUUUAUGCAAUCUCCCGUCGCAAGGCACUCCUCCAAUUGCUCAACCGAUCGUCCCAUCACAGCCACCGCCACAAACACAAGCUACACAGCCAGUUAAACGAGAGAAAAAGAAAGCCUCAAAUCGCUCCUCGCACACCACCCAAGCGUCCACAUCCGCCGCUCCAUCAACCGCUACAUUCGCUCCACUCCCCUCUGGCUCUGGCUCUUUCAACUUCAACAAUCCUUUGAUGACUCCAAGCAUGUUCCCAUAUCCGAUGUCUGGAUAUCAACCUCAAUACGGCUUCCCGCAAUUUGAUCCAACUUUCGCGAAUCACUAUGGACCUUUCUAUCAGAAUCCUUAUCAUCAAAUGGGCCAAAUGGGUGGACGGGGCGCGAGUGCUGCUCAAAUGAUGAACUUUGGACAAUACGGAGCCUAUGGGCAUUCGUCGAUGAACACUGGACGGGGAACGGGCACAGCGAGAGCGAUAAACAAUCAACAAGCGGCCGGCUCCUCUCAAAUGUGGCCACAGGGUGGUGGAGGGUUUGCACCGGCUCCUCAACCACCGUCGUCUUUCCAUCCGGAUUUGAUUUGGAAUCAAAAUCCAUAUUUCAUGCCGAAUCCCCACAAUAUGGGCGGUGGCGGGGGGAGUGCAGGGGGAAGUGCCGGGAAA